CUCUUUUCCUUCGGCGCGGUGAGUAGUCGCGGGAUCAGGCCGUGGCGGUGUCCUUGCCGUUUCUGUCUCCUCCCUUGAGGCCUGUGUUCGUCUUUUCUUCCGACUUUGUCUGUUUCGUUGCAGCCACUGAAGAUCUUGGUGUCGCCAUGGGCCGCCGCCCCGCCCGGUGUUACCGGUAUUGCAAGAACAAGCCGUACCCAAAGUCUCGGUUCUGCCGAGGUGUCCCUGAUGCUAAGAUCCGCAUCUUUGACCUGGGGCGGAAGAAGGCAAAAGUGGAUGAGUUUCCGCUCUGUGGCCACAUGGUGUCAGAUGAGUACGAGCAACUCUCCUCUGAAGCUCUGGAGGCUGCUCGUAUUUGUGCCAACAAGUACAUGGUGAAAAGUUGUGGCAAAGAUGGUUUUCACAUCCGAGUGCGGCUACACCCCUUCCACGUCAUCCGCAUCAAUAAGAUGCUGUCCUGUGCCGGAGCUGACAGGCUCCAGACAGGCAUGCGUGGUGCCUUUGGAAAGCCCCAGGGCACGGUGGCCCGCGUCCACAUUGGCCAAGUCAUCAUGUCCAUCCGCACCAAGCUGCAGAACAAGGAGCACGUGAUUGAGGCCCUGCGCAGGGCCAAGUUCAAGUUCCCUGGCCGCCAGAAGAUCCACAUCUCUAAGAAGUGGGGAUUCACUAAGUUCAACGCAGAUGAAUUUGAAAACAUGGUGGCAGAAAAGCGGCUUAUCCCCGAUGGCUGCGGGGUCAAAUACAUCCCUAACCGCGGCCCCCUGGACAAAUGGCGGGCCCUGCACUCAUGAGAGCCUUGGCGGCGGCGUCCCUUCCUUAACGCUGAACAAUAAAUCCUACUUUCCUGUC